AUGCAUCCAGCACUAUUUGUUCAAGCUGUCGGGAAACUAGUUAUGGAAGAUUUGGGCACGUCAAAUUCUUCCCACAAUUUUUCAUCUCAUCAUGCAUUCUUUGUUAAGGAUUGUGCAUCUAACAAAUCGUUCAUGGUUGACACUGGAUUCAGCUGUUCUAUUUGGCCUUUGUGUCUUACUUCAGACAAGCCGAAGAAAUCUGCCAUUAACCUGCACACGGUGAAUCUAUCCCUGAUAAAAACUUACGGUCAGGUCUCAUUAAACCCAGAUCUCAACCUUCAAAGGGAUUUUAGGUGGGUUUUUGUUAUAGCAGAUCUACCAUACCCCAUUCUGGGCGUGGACUUCUUAAACCACUUUCACUUGUUAGUAGAUGUCAGGCAACAGAGCCUCAUGGACGAUUCUACGUCUUUGUUUACACCUGCUCAGGUUACUACUAAAGCUGUUUUCAGCCCGUCAUUUUUUGUCACCACUGCUGGUGACCAGUUCCACUCCCUUUCAGCUUCUUUCCCAGAGGUGGUAGAUCUGACUUUCAAAUCAGUCAAAGUCACACACUUAACUCGCCAUUAUAUCACUACUUCUGGACCAGCUGUCUUUUUGCGUCCACAGUGA